UAAUAAUGCAAAUGGCGCUGCGUCGUGAACGAUUAAUGGUUACUUGUUUAUUAAAUUUUCAAAUCAUAUCAUGCAGCAAUCCUUUGCAACAAAUAAAUGAACUAAAGAUAAAUGACGUUUUCCCAGUUUGUACUUUUCCAAAUGGUGAUUAUUCCCUAGAAGAUCCAAAGAAUCUCUCGUGUGGAUAAACUAUUUUUAUUACUAUGCUGCGUGAAAGGAGUCAUGUCGGAAUGGAAUCAUUUCGUGUAAAUUGGAGAGCCGAGGUCGCGAAUCAUGUAACAGGUGCAGAAAUAUCGGACAAAGAUAUCCGGCAUGUUUAAGCGUACCACGGAAUGGUUAAGCGCUGAUGCACUGUCCAGCAAGUAUAUUUAUCGCUGUUCUCUCUUAUCGUUUUCAGUUGGCUUCGUUAGGCUUUAUAACCUAAGGCUACGCUUCUUCAUGCGUGAGCUUCGAGUGUUAGACUAGUGACAAUUAUUUUUACGACUUCUUUCAGUCUUUAAUAUGUAAAUUUAUUAACGUAUUUACUUAGGAAUGUGCGAUAAUGGUUUUUUUAUUUUACGGCAUAUAUUUUAUCAUGUAAAUUUCAAUUAAGAGCGGUGGAAAAUGAAAUGGAGUUUCUCUCUAUCCUGUUAAAUCAACUGUUUUGACAGCUUCGUUAGCCGACAAAGAGAGCAAUUAAGACUACCAAGGGGAACGAGAUGUUUUCGUGCUUGCUGUACAAUGAGAAGCAUCGCCUGGACCGAUUACUAAACCUGGAUCCGUAGCAAGGAUGCCUUGUCAGUAAAAGAAACACUGUGAGACUGUUUACCAGGAUUUCCUUAAGAUCAUGGUGCAACAACGUCUUCCAGGAUUCGAUGCUGGCAGAGGUGGUCGUAGAUUUGUCAUAACACUGGCAGCUGGUAUGAUCUUUGGAUUCCUCUCUGCCUGCCUUCUUCUUACUGCCACUCGAGAUGCCCCCCGCAUGUUUAAUUGGCUACCAGGCAGUCAAAAGAUCACUUCCAGGGAUCCUCAUCACUACUCCGAAAUGGGGUUUGAGUCAGGACCAGAUACGGAAGUGAUGUUUCACGGGAAGGACGAAGAUUUCCACAAAGGAGAAGACAAAGUCGCACAGGAUCUCGCGAAGAAAGUUCGUAUCCUCUGUUGGGUGAUGACAGGUCCAAAGAAUCAUCAGAGCAAAGCCCGUCACGUGAAGGCAACCUGGGGAAAGCGUUGUAACAUCCUUUUAUUUAUGAGCUCCGCCGAAGAUACCAGCCUGCCGACCGUGGUUUUACCAGUGAAGGAAGGUCGAGACAAUCUCUGGGCGAAGACGAAGGAGGCGUUCAAAUAUUCCUACCAGAAGUACAAGGAUGAAGCAGAUUGGUUUAUGAAAGCCGACGACGACACAUACGUAAUAGUUGAGAAUCUACGUUAUAUGCUAUCAUCGUAUGAUCCAUCGUCGCCGCUUUAUUUCGGCUGUAGGUUCAAGCCUUUCGUGAAGCAGGGCUACAUGAGCGGCGGUGCCGGAUACGUCCUAAGCAGAAAGGGUCUGGAGAAGCUGAUAGUGGAGGGUUUGCCAGACAGAACAAAGUGUAGACCAGACAACGGGGGUGCGGAGGACGUAGAGAUGGGCAAAUGCUUGGAGAAUGUCGGCGUGCACGCCAUGGAUUCCAGGGACCCUCAUGGUCGCGGUAGGUUCUUCCCAUUCGUCCCGGAACAUCAUCUGAUACCAAAUCACGUGGACAAGAAUUUUUGGUACUGGAAGUACAUCUUCUACGAUACCAAAGAUGGUCUCGAUUGCUGUUCCGACACCGCUAUAUCCUUUCACUACGUAUCGCCCAACAUGAUGUACGUACUGGAGUACUUAAUUUAUCAUUUACGUCCGUACGGUAUUACGCACGGAUUGGAAAAGAUUUCGGCCGAGGAACACUCGACUGAUCCUACCGAGUACUAGUCGAACACAUAAAUAUACUAUAUACGUACGCAUUCAUAAAAUUCACCUAUGCAAGAUACUAGUCAGUAUAAGCCAACGAUCUGUACGUAAAUUCUGACAGAGGUUAUAUACGUACAGAUAGUAACCAGAAGUGAUAGUUAUCGUACCAUUAUUAUCGUACAUAUUCUUCCUCUGCCUAAAAGUCAUUUCUUUUUUUCUUUUAAAAUAAUCAAGUAAGCUCUAAGCUCCGUGAUUAUAGCCAUGAGUCGAUGAGAGCUCGAGAAUUGACCUUAGUCGGAUUUUUUUAAUACUUUGGUUCGUUUAAGAUUAAUUGCGGCCUUUUGCAAGCAUAAAAGAAGAAGAAGCAGAAGAAUGAUCAAUUCCUUCUCCGUCUCUCCCGUCGCUCCAACGACUCAUUAUCAAUCAUGUUUCAAAUGCAAAAGAAGAUUACUCUUUGCAUAUAAUCGUGCCAUGACAUUGAAGAAGGCUUGUGCACAAUGAAAAAAUUAUGUCACAAUUAUUAUUAUUAUAUAUAUACUACUGUGGCGACUGUCAAUUUAUUACGCGAAUCGCCAUUGUGAAACCAAUCGGUGCUGAUUGAACGUCAACACGUUCUGGAUCUACCGUAUUGAUUGAUCAUGAAUAUUAUUAAACACUAUUAUACGUAUUAUAUAUAUUUUGUACAACUAGCUUUAAGAGAUGCACCGGUGAUCCGCCUGCACGUUUCGUAGAAUCGAAUGGUGUGCAUGGUCACAAUUAUUCCUAACGAAAAUGUAUUAAAAAAGAAAAAAAAAAAAAAAGAAUUACCAUCAAAUAUACGUAUCUCAAAGAAACU